CUCCCGCAUGACUGGCUUCAUUUGAAUGGAGUGAGAGGGGGGAGUAAGAGGUCCUCCUCCGUUCCUCUGCAUUGCCAGCUGAGAAGUCCGUCGCCGCAUCACCGAGACACAUUCACUCGCUUGCACGACUGGAACAUUUAUGGUGCUUUCUGGCUGAUAGACCUAUAACGGACUUACUGUCCUAGGCUAUCAGAAAAAAAAAAAAACGGAAACACUACUGUUAGCUAACGUUUCGAGUUGGGAACAAUUAGAUUCAAGCGAGCUAGCUCUCUCUUUCGUGAAAGAAAGACCUAAAAGUCAAAAGAGGACCUCGUUCUUCGUCAUUGUUAUUUAUCAGUUAGCUAACUAACAUACGUUACUUUUCAACACAUUUUCAAGCGGCAACAUGACGAGAAGAUCUUGUGCCAUUUACGCCACCGGGAUUGUGUGCGCCCAUCUGCUGAUCGUGGGGAUCGCCCUCCUGGUGGCUCAGGUCUUCCAAACCAUGAUUCAAGAACGGAUAAAAAAGGAGGUCACACUAGCUGAGAACAGUCGAGUAUUGAGUGGCUGGAUAAACCCACCAGUUCCAGUAUACAUGCAGUAUUUCUUCUUCAAUGUUACCAACCCUGAUGAAUUCUUGGCUGGCCGAGCAAAGCCCAAUGUGACCCAAAUGGGCCCUUACACUUACAGGGAGUACAGGCCACGGGAGAAUGUGACAUUCUUGGAGAAUGGCACAAAGAUCUUUGCUACGAAUCCCAAGAGUUUCGUCUUUCUUCCCGAAAUGUCCGUGGGAGACCCUGAAGUGGACAUGUUGACCACCCCCAACAUCCCGUUCAUUGCUGUGAUGAACGAGAUGCAUUCCUAUUCCUUUUUUAUCCGCCCGUUGGUCUCCAUGUUUAUAAAGUCAUUGGGUGUGGAAAUGUUCAUGACGCGCACCGUACACGAGUUCCUGUGGGGCUUCAAGGACCCACUUAUGACUAAACUCCAUAGUUUGAAGCCGGACGUAGAUGAGUACUUUGGCCUUAUGUAUAAGAAAAAUGGAACCCAUGAAGGUGAAUUUGUCUUUCAUACUGGAGAGAAGAACUAUAUGGACUAUGGCAAAAUUGAAACAUGGAACGGCAUAAGGAAGAUGAAUUGGUGGUCGUCAGAGCAGAGUAACAUGAUCAAUGGCACAGAUGGCAGCGUGUUCCACACCUUCCUGUCCAGGAAAGAGCUCCUGUAUAUUUUCGCUGCAGAUCUGUGCCGGUCUAUCCAUCUUGCAUAUGUGAGUGAUAUAGAAGUGAAGGGAAUUCCUGCCUUCCGCUUCGCACCUCCACCUGAUGUCCUGGCUGCCCCGGAUGAGAACCCCAACAAUGCUGGUUUCUGUGUUCCUGCUGGGGACUGCCUGGGCAAAGGAGUGCUCAAAGUCAGCGUUUGCCGUGAAGGAGCACCUAUAGUGGUGUCAUUCCCACAUUUUUAUCAAGCUGAUAGAAAGUACAUUGAUGCCAUCGAAGGAAUGAACCCGAACAAGGAAGAACAUGAAACGUACCUUGAUCUUAACCCGACUACUGGGGUCCCAAUUCGUGCCUGUAAGAGAGCCCAGCUAAAUGUUAUAAUGAAGAGAGUCCCUGGAUUCCCCCAAACAAAAUUUCUGAACGAAACUAUCUUCCCCAUUAUGUAUGUCAACGAGACUGCAACCAUAGAUGAUGACUCUGCCAGCCAAAUGAAAACUCUGCUCUUAAUCGUGACAAUGGUGUCAAAUUUUCCCGUGAUCAUUGUGGGAUUGGGCGCCAUCUUACUGCUGGUCCUGAUCUUCCUGGUGUGCAGAAACCGUCAGAGAAAGAAUGAAGUAAAACGUAUUGAUUUUACAGAAGCUUUUCAUUCUUUUGCUACGACGAAAGACGACACGGCCUACACUCCAGUCAGCAACAAAUCAGAUGACUCGCCCGAAACCCACACUAACCAGCCUCUGAAGAACGGCUCCUACAUCGCCAUGUCGCCAGUGGAAGCACAGAAGUGUUGAUGAAGAUCACUGUGUGGAAUCCCCCUGGAGGGAUCCACCUCCGUCAGUGACGUUCCUUCCCUCUUUUCCCCCUUUCAUUCUCUCUUUCCACUGUGCAAAACGUUCUGGGGCCAGUUCCUAGAAACGCCACUGUCAGACACUGCUGGUUUCUGUGGUUGUCUUGGCGGACUUCCUCUCUCCUGCUGACUUUUUUCCUCGCUCUCAGAGCAUGGCCUUCUCGAACUGCCAUAUUUUUUGACACAAAAUAAUUGUAUUACUCGAAACACUCAGUGCUGUUUGUAGCUCCUGAAGCUUUUUGUCGACUAGACACAAAGUGGACUGAAAAUACUCACCUUUUGGGAAGAUAAUGCCCACCUGCAUGUUCACUGAUGUGUAGUUCCUUUUAACCCUUAACAUGGGGCUGAGAACAAAGGGAGGGUGUUUAGGUGAACACAUAAAGAUUGCUUUCCAUUGGCUAGCAGGAGCCACUUUGAACACCAGUGUUUAGGCAACGCCAGUGCUCUUAAAGUAUACAAUGAAGUUUAUUGCCACACUACUGAAGUGAAGUCUGCAUUGCCAGACUUCAGCUGACAAAGAUGUUUAUUUGCCAUAUCCUUUGACACUGAGUAGAAAGAGUCAAGCUGUAGCUGUGUGCCUCUUCUAAGACUAUUUAAAAAGCUAAACAGGGGCCUCGCAUGUCAAGGAAUUUACUGGGCUCAGUCCCGUCAUGGUCAUAUGUGUGAAUGUGUUGCGUGUCUGUUUUGUAUGUUUGUAUAUAAGGCCAGGAGCGCUUGCAUAUAUCUUAGCCACACUGCUGUGAACUGCUUUGGAGGGGCCCAUGUGUUCUCUUAAGCUCGAUGCAGUGGGAAAGCAUGUGGACACGGAUUUCAAAGAAAGGUCCUCUUCAGUUUCCCUUUUAUGACGUCUUUUUGAACAUAUUGAACUUCAAACUCUGUCUGAAUGCCCUUAAGUUCCUAGUAGGUGCCAGAAUUGUUAAGUAACACUCGCUCCUUUAACUUUUAAGUGGUUCAGAGGGUCUCCACCACGUGCUGUUAAAACAAAAACUUCUGAUCCUCUAAAAAGGGAGGGGGAAAAGGCUUACAAAAUGCACAAAUGGGACUUGAACCUACUCUCUGCCUUACACAUACACAAAUUUGCUGCACGGCCAGGGCGACUUUGAGAAAGGGCUCAGUAGCAUUGUAGUAAAAGUGUCAGACCACCUUUGAACAAGUCUGCUUGUCAAAACAUCUGCAAAUCUUUGACCCCUAGCCCUUAUGUCAUGUAAACAGCGGCCUAAGGCAUCUACUCUGCAACUUGGAGAAAGCACAAGGUCAAACCUUUUUUGUUUUGUUUUUUUUGGGGUGUUUGUUCGCGCCGUUUUUUCUUUAGUGUCUUUGUUGAAGGCUGAGGAGAGCAGAAUUCAGGCAGUUACACUUAGAUCUGCACAUUUCUGUGCGUUAACUCUUUGUGAGCCAAUGGGCAAAAUUACAGCCCUUAACAAACCUGGCACUUGAAACUGUUUUUCCUUUAAGUGUUCCUUUUUUUUUUUUGGUCCAUGAUGUUCAAAGCCUUCAACUGAUGCACCUCAAAAGUGAAUUAACGCCAUAAAAAAGAAGUCAACUUGAAAAACAAAGUAAAAGAAAAUCUGCACUUUUCAGAAGAAGAAAAAUGUUUGUGCGCGUUUUUUUGUUUGUUUGUAAGUCAAUGCGUUGGUCCUCUGUUUAAUUUCAGAAGUAUGUCCAGAUCAGUUUUUGUGGUUACGUUUUUUGAGGUUCCUAUUCAUUCUUGCUUUUCUUGGGACAAAGCCUACUGAUUUUUCUCUUUAUUCUACGCAUUUUUGCUGCUAACAGAUGCCGUAAGUCAUAAACAUUUGCACAGUUUGUUUGGUCACUGGCACUGGUGGCACUUUAGAGAAGGGCAGCAUUCUUAAUGCUGCAUGACACGUACACAAGGGGACAUCUGACAUAAACCUUUUAAAAACAUUUGUAAAGGCUUAUUCCAUCAAAUGUCAGUUGUCAUAAGCCUUUCUUUGGUGAAUGACUUAAAAAUUGACAAAGCAACAACUAACGCUGUUGGAAUAAGUCUUUAUAGAUGCAAGUUUGUCAGUUGUCAUGAAACACUUGCGUAGCCUUAUGAAUGCUGACCUUCAGUGAAGUGUUACCCUGGCACCAUACCAUGCCAAAUGAUUGUGCCAUCUCUAGAAUAUAUCAGAAUAUUCAUAAACACAUGUUACACUCUGCUCAUCUUGAUAUGUUACUUGUUGCUAUGAUGGCUGCCAUGUAUAUCAUCCAGUAUUGUGGCAAACUGUACAGAUGUUUGUUUUUUCUUUAUGUUCCUUUUAAAAUCUCCAAGAUUUGAUGCACAUUUUGAACUGGAAAAGCAGUGUGCAUACAGCCUCUGUUAAGACUGUAGUUAGUAAACAAACGAAGACGUGAAGAAAGCAUUUGUUUAACUGAAAUGCAAGACUAAUGGCCUUUGGUACUUGGUAGUCUAUAAUGGUUGGUAGCAUGCCUCUUUUUGUAGUCAGCACAUGCAGUAGUACACCAGUUUACAGCAAUGGCCUUUGCUCAUCAUUAAACGUAGAGGAAGGCUGUGGUAAACUCCACUGGUCCACCUUAUCACAAAGUGGAAUGUACCACUUGUACUGACUUGAAUUUUUAAGAUCUACAACCUGAGCCAUUUCCGUACAGCUGUCGGACUCCCUGUAGUGACUUUUGAACCUGGAGUCCCUUUCAUCGGUUCACUCCCCUGUAUGCUCAACCAAAGAUAACCUUAUAGAUCGAUUUGCCCAGUUUGUUUACUUUUACAGAUACAGCUGUAGUGCCAUCGAUUUCCUCAUUUUACGAUAGUGGUUUCGCAACCGAGAACCAUCGCCAACAAGGGCAAAAGGCAAAAAAAAAUUGGAGUAUUUUCAAAAGAAGCGUUUGUAACGAUAUCAAUUUUUCAAUAUAAAGUGUUGCCACAAUGUGCUAAAAAAACUCAGUAUUAUGUAUUGACGCAGCAAUACAUUGUGUAAAAAGGAAAUUUUAUAGAAAAAUAAAGAUUUUGUAUCAGGACAAAUAUUUAUGUAUCAACAUGUUCAAUGCUAUGUACAUUAUCUGGACUUUGUAAGGUAUUAGUUAUUUUAGUUUCUGUUCACUUCUGUAUUUUAUAAAUAAUUUUUGUAAUAUCUCAGCUGGGAUCAUAAUUCUUUUUUUUAUUUCUUUAUAUUUUCCUUCUCUUUUCCUCCCCCAUUUCCCACAGAUUUAUAAAGUGGUAUUGAGUAUGUGUUGGUCCCACGUUUGUGAUUUGAAACAAUGUGUGUAAAUGGUUUGUAUGUUCAGUGGCAGUGACUGAGAAAGACUUGUGAUGUAUCUGUGGGGUGUAAGCCUACUGUGUGUAGUGACCUCCUGUGCUACAAGUUUCUCAAGAAGCCGCCGCACUGUUUUGACCAAUGUGACCUGCUGUAGGAAGGCUGAGUAUCUGAGGUUUUUGUUUAGGGAGAUUGCCAUGGUGCCAUGUUGGGUACAAGGGACAUUUCUACUGCAAUCAAACUUUCAAACUUAAUUGUUUCCUUAGAUGAAUGACGCCCUCCUUCAGGGACGAGCUUCUAGUGCCAUAUCACCCUUGUUUACUGAACUUGCUUUAGUAAUAUGUGGAAGCAGUGUAGCAGUCGUUCCAACCGCAUUUCAGUUCACAUUCCCUGCUCUUUAAUGAGCAUUUUCAUCUCUUCACGUUCAUCUCAGAGAUGCAUUGAGUUUUUUGCUGCUGAAAAUGACAAUCCUCAUGUGGUCAUGUUAGGUGCAAAAUCAUUUCAAAGUAAUAUCCAGUUUUAGUUUUGAUAAUUUACACUGCACAAAUGUUUCUACAGUGCUUUUUGUAAACAUUUUUAGUGUUAUUUGCA